CUCUAGUAUUCAUGAUUUUAUGUAUCAGGAAAAAAAUUAAACAGCCAGUGGCAUAUUAUUUGUCAGGAGAUCAUGUUACUGCAGACAGAUUAAUGAUCUUGAUCAAAGAGGUCCUCCAUGCUUGUUUUCAUGCGGGCAUCAUAAUUGCUGCAACUGUUUGUGAUAUGGAUGGGGUAAAUAGAAGAGCACUUACACAACUAGGGGCAUCUGUUGAACAACCAUAUUUUAAAUUUGAAGAGCAUGAAAUUGUUGCUCUAUAUGAUACACCCCAUCUUCUCAAAUGUUUUAGAAAUUUAUUUCUAAAAUACAACAUUAAAUGCAGCAGUAAUGUUGAAUGCAAUGGAAGACAAAUUGCAGAUAUCGCGAAGUGGAAUCACAUUGAAGAAUUUUUUGUAUUGGAUAACAACAACCCAUUUUUCGUGUUUGCGCCUGCCCUAACCAAGAGCCACUUAAGUCCGAAUAAUAAACAAAAAAUGAAAGUGAAAUUAGCCGCGCAGGUUUUGAGUCAUACAGUGUCCGCUGGAAUGUAUGCAAAAAUUACCCUAGGAGAGCUGCCAACAGAAGCACUUGCUACAGUCAACCUACUAAACAAAAUCGACCAAUUGUUUGACAGCUUAAAUGCGGACUCUCCAAGUUUAAAAAGAGGCAAAAAAUAUUUGAGAAAUAUUUCAGACCGGAGCCCUCAUUUUGCAUAUUUCAAAGAAAUGAAAUUAUUUUUUAAGAACUGUCAGUUUAUUGGUGCAAAGUCGAGGGCUCCGUCACUGGAUGGAUGGAUCCAAACCAUGGCGGGAGUAGAAAGAAUAUGGCGGAAUUUAAAGUUAAAAUAACCCGAAAUUGGGAGUUUAUCCACCAGGAGACUGCAACAAGAUGCCUUGGAGAAUUGUUUUGGGUGUGUCAGGAGUAAUUGUGGAUCUAAUUGCAACCCAACAGUCUCACAAUUUGUUGCAGCUUUAAAAACAGGAAUCAUUUCAAAUUUGUCGGCACCAAGCUCAGCAGCAAAUUGUGAGACCGAUGAUGCUAUCAUUCUUGAUAAUUUAAAUUUAUUUUUGACCCACAAUGCCAAACCUGACGUAGGCCGUCCAUCAGCAGUAAGCAAUGAGGCGGAUUGUUGCAGUUUAUCCAUGGAUCAAAUGGAUGAAUGGAUGGACGAAAAUACUGGGGAGAUGCAGGCAUGCGCCUAUGUUUGUGGUUAUAUAAUUAAGAGAAUGGAAACAAAUUGUGAAUCAUGCCUACAAUCUUUGACCUCCUCUACGGAUACUGUGUGCCAUUUGUUUUCUAUAUUUAAAGAAUAUGAACAUGACAAACGAUGUCUUAAAUAUGCAAACAUAAAAAUGGUUGAAUGUGUAGAAAAAAGUGCAACAAUCAUGUAUGAUUAUUUAAAUAAAAAUGCACAUAAGAGGAAUGUCAAAGAUUGCAUUAGAGAAUUACUGCAAAAAAAUAUUAAUUUUGAUUUUCUAGACAGAUGUAGGGAACAUAAAGAACAAAAUGUAACAAAUAUAAUAAAUGCAAUAUUUUACAUAAGCAUUAACAGAUUCUGUAAUGUACAAAACAGGAUGUUUGCUGAAAGUACUGCGCAAGCUAGCCUACAAAAGAAAAUAAAUAUAUUAAAGAACAAAUGAUAAUUGUAAUGAUGGUAAUGAAGGUUUGAGGAAAGCGACGAUUUUCUCGAAAACUUCUAAUGUACCAAUUUUGUUGUUCGAGUACUAAUUAGAACACUGCAUCCUAAUUGCGUAACGAAUUAUCAAUCUGAGUUUGAGUUAUUUUGUAACAAAUUGCUAAUACAGUCUUCAUAUGUUUGAAAAAAAUUUAAUUCAGCAAAACAUAUUAGUUUCAAUUUGCAGAGUUGUCUAACUAACAAAUUUCGUCUUUUAUGGAUUCGAUGUAAAUGGAUUGUAUUGUAUUAUAUUUAUAAUUUCUCUUUAUUAAAGACAUCUUACAAAUUACAAUUAAAAAUAUAGUAGUAGUAUCGUUUAAGUAUUUGGUAUUAUAUCCAAAAUCAUCAUCAUCUGCCUAGCCUUUUUCCCAAUUAUGUUGGGGUUGGCUUCCAGUCGAACCGGAUGCAGCUGAAUAUGUAUUAUAUCCAAAAUAUAUAAUCUAUAUCUAUAGUUUCUAUACUAAUAUUAUAAAGAGGUAAAAGUUGUUUGUAUGUAGGGGGUAAUCUCCGGAAGUAAUGAACCGAUUUUUUUUUUUUCACUGGUAGAAAGUUACAUUAUUCGUGAGUGCUAUAGGCUAUAAAUUAUAAAUAUAUCAUGCAUGUUUACCGCCCAACGAAGUGGGCACGGGUCAUCUAGUCCUUCAUAAACAAGCGACGUGUACUGUGUACUGUAAUAACA